AUGCUCUGUUGGUCGUUAGAUGACAGCAUGAUUGUCACUGCUGGUUCAGAUUAUAUAUUGAGAGUUUGGAACAGGAAGGGCGAAAUGUUAAGAAGCCUGCAGGGUCAUACAGAUGACUCAUUUGUCCUUAAGGCUCAUCCUGUUUUCAUGAAUGUGAUCCUCAGCUGUGGUCAUGACGGCGUAUUGGUGUUCUGGGAUAUUUUGAAAGGCCAAAAGCUCAAGCGAUUUACAAAUAUUGUCGAACAUCGUGGGCACUCUGCCCUCUUCGAUCUUGAUAUAUCACGCGAUGGUUGCACAGUUGCUGCAGUCGAUUCACUUGGACAUUUGACUGUCUAUGGAGUUGCUUCAAAAUCAACACGAUCAAUCCCUAAGCAGCAGUUCUUUAAUACCGAUUAUAUGCCGCUAUUAAUGGAUGAUACUGGUUGGGUAGUGGAUGAAGCCACAGGUGUUGUUCCACACCUACUUCCGCCACCAUUGCUCACCGAUCAAGACCUUGUUCCCCUUGCUGACGAGUGGCAGAAUGCCGUUCCUGGCAGAGAUCUCAUUAAAAAGAAACUUGUAGAAAGAUGCAUCUCUCGAGCCGUUUUCAUCCCCUUGGAUUACGAGGCAUAUCAUACCAGCAUUGUCGAUGAACGACAGGAACUUCUGGGCGGAGGUAUCAUGUUAUUUUAAUC